GAGUAUCGAUUUCGGUACCUCUCGCAUGCUAAGCGAACGCUCUACCAAGGGUUAAGGGUUUAACCCUCCUCAUUUGUCAUCGCAGUCUCCUUGCCUGAAUCUGUUUUUUUCUAUGUCCGGUGAUGGCGAAAUCUGCAGCCUUUCACCUGCUACGUUCCCAAACCAAACAGCUUACGUCGAAAAACUUUCAAGCAGGCUACUAUGCUUGUAGAUUUGGAACAUGGCAGCAUACGAUUAUCAAACAAGAUUUCAGAUCUGGGAUGCACCAUAUUGUACCGAGGAGGUGGGCUUCUCGAGCUGCUGCAGUGGAGAAUGACAGUAAGAUCAGCAUUGGACCACAUAAAGGUAGAGAAGCAGGAGAUGGCAAGGACACUGGGAUUGUUUAUUAUGGCCCAAUCUCGUCUACCAUAAAAAAAGUGAAGCUUCUCUCUCUUUCCACCUGCUGUUUAUCUGUGUCACUAGGACCUGUCAUAACAUUCAUGACUGCACCUGACAUGAAUGUAAUUCUCAAGGGUGCUGUUGCGUCUUCUGUCAUAUUUCUAGGUGCUUCCACCACAGCAGCGCUUCACUGGUUUGUAAGCCCUUACAUUCACAAACUCAGAUGGCAACCUGGUUCCGACAGUUUUGAGGUUGAGAUGAUGUCUUGGUUGGCUACAUAUAUACCAAGAACAAUCAGGUUUGCUGAUGUUAGGCCACCAGAAACCAACAGGCCUUUUGUGACGUUCAAAGCAAACGGAAAUUUUUACUUUGUUGAUACUGAGCACUGUCAUAACAAGGCUCUCUUGGCUAAGUUGACGCCCAAGAAAACAACUUAUGAAUCUGCAUUUAAGAAUUUAUGAGAGGUCAUUUUUUGUUAAUUUUGCUAAAGCAGUUUGUUGACAUUAUAUUUUAUCUGAGCUUAUUUAGGAUUAUAGUGGACCAUUGGUGCCUUGUCGUGUUUA